GGGUCCCGUUCGACAUCGCUGGCCCUUCGCCGGUGCGUACCUGCCUCGCUGGGCCCAUUGGCGCCAUCGCCGUCGUGUUUUCGGAAACUUGAUCCGUUCAAUUCGAUUUCGACGAAUGAAUUUCGAGGAGCACUGCCGUCCCGCCAUCUGUGAUCCCUCGCGACCAUAUGUGCCAGUCACUUGCUGUAUCAGUUAACAGUAUAUAUACAAAACAUGCAGGCGAGAAUGCGGUCUGCAGGCGAGAAUCUGGUCUGCAGACGACAGUAAACGUUUCUUCUUCGGCUUGUGCCCAUGUCGCCCCGGUGGAACGGCCCGUGCCAACAGAGGACGACUGCUGCGGGUUGUCUGAAGUCCGUGCGAAGAUCGUAACCCUCCUGGACGCGAGGCGUUCCCGUUGGCGAUGGCUUUGGUGCUGAAGAUAGAACGGCAUGGUGUCAGACAUCCAAGAGGUUGGCGGGAAAGAGGAAGAUGCCUAUGGAUAUGGGCGUCUGCUGUAACUGUACACAGUCUGGCGUGUUGCUUCUCUGGUGGUAAAUAAUGCAAUGUUGCGCAUUUGCUUGAACAUUGGCGGGAGGAAGACAUAGAGAAAAAGGAGGAGGGGGAGGGGAAGGACAGAUUCUCUCUUGGGGGGGGGGCACAUAAGAUGGGGUUUUGGCCUGAUGGGGGGGGGGGGGGGGGGGGGGGGGGGGGGGGGGGGGGGGGGGGGGGGGGGGGGGGGGUCCUGGUGUGAAGAGUGGUAGAGAGGAUUCCAGCAUAGGAUGGGGUUCUGCCCUGGUGUGAAGAGUGAAUUGAGGUUUUGUCCAUGAACGUGCAAGAGGCGUCUGUGUGUGCGCGGAGGCAUGCCCAGACUUUAGGGAGGGGCUACUCUUGGGAGCAUCGGGAUUUAUCCAAGGGUCGGAGGGUAGAGGGGGGGGGUGGCAGGCUGUUCGGUGGUGGGGGAACGUAGAUGGGCAGCAGAGUGUAGGGGGCUUGCAGGCUGUUCCUUGGUGGGGGCAUAUAGAUGGGCAGCAGAGUCUAGGGGGCUAGGGGACAGGGUCCGGAGGGGGGUGGGUGGUUAAGGAGGCAAAAUGCAUGCUUUUCCUGAUGUAGGAUGAGUCCGUUUGUUAGAUCACUCGAUUAGCGAAGACAGUGUUGCCUGCCUGCCUGCCUGCCUGCUGCGUACGGGGGUAAUGGAGGCGUUCCUAGUGGAUUGCGUGUGUGAGUCGCUGCGGUUGUACAUGUACUCAAAUGCGACCUUCUUGUGUGAGAGGCUCUAUGCGGGAUUUCCCACUGAGAGCAAUCUUCACCUGCUUAGCACAUGUUACUACCGAUCGAAUCAGCCACAGAGGGCAUACCUCGUGCUGAAAGGUGCGAAGUCGCCUCAGUCGCGGUAUUUAUAUGCGCUGGCAUGCAUGGAUUUGAAUAAACUGGUGGAGGCUGAGGCGGCGCUGCUACCCCCUGAUGAUUGCAGCGCUGAUGUGCCCAAUGGGGCAGCUGGUCACUACCUGUUAGGUGUCAUUAGCCGACUCACCGAUCGCAGGCAGAAUGCCAUUUCUCAUUACAGUGCCGCUCUGUCACUUGACCCCUUCUUCUGGUGUGCGUAUGAAGAGCUGUGCCAGCUUGGAGCAGAGGAAGAAGCUGCAGCGCUUUACGGUGACGCUGCAAUCUCAGCCAUUCAUCAAGGGCAAUACGGUGCUGCUGCCAACGUGUAUGGUGGCCACCAGGGAUUCGGAGGAGGAGAUGGGGUAGUCGACAUUGACCAGUUCGAUUACAACUCCCGCACUCCGAUUGGUGGUUCGAAGCAUCAUGCCUCUCGAGUAGCGCCAUCUACUGCAGCUCCAUCUACCUCAGGGAUGGAGAGUUCCACGCCUUCUGCAAAUCCUGGGGAUGGGACUGGUCUGUCGUCUUCUGUACUGGCAUCUCCCUCUUCGUACGUGACACCCUCGCCUGUUGCACCUCCAGUGAUGUUCGCUCCUCCCGCCCUGCCUCGGGCGAUGCCAGGUACGUGUGUGUCAGGGGGUGCGGGACAUUCUGCAGGGGCGGCAGGCGUGGGCAUGGCUGCUGGUAGUGGGGACGGAUCUGCUCCCAAGGUGGCGGUCGGAGUGCAGGCACCAACGGGACAUCGACGGAAAUUUGUUGACGAGGGGAAGUUGCGUAAGGUGUCUGGGCGACUGUUUGCGGAACCAUCGUUGUCGGGGGUAAGGAGGAGUUCGCGUUUGGCGGAAGGGGGAGCAGUCCUAGGGGCAGGACAAGGAGGGGGUCCAGGGCCUUCGUGUAGCUUAGUGAGUGGGGGUGUAGGAUCGGCAGCUGGUGCAAGUGCAGGUGUUGUAGGGCCCUGUGGUCCUGGAACAUCAGCAGGCGUCGCGUCAGGUCCUUCGGGUGCCUCAACAGGAGCAGCUCCACCGGCUGUGGGAGUGGGAAAGGGCAGCAGCUUUGUUGGGGUGUCAGGGCGGGUGAGCACAAAGAGAGGGUCUGGGACUUCUGCAGGACUUGUGGAUGCUGAGGAGAUUGGGAGGCGAGGUCUGGAUGGUGGUGGAGAUGGGGGUGUAGUCUGCAGCGAUGGGGGUGGGGGUGGGGGUGGGGCUGGGUUGGGGUCUAUGAGCAGCAGCGGAAGCAGCAGAGCUUUUAGAGGACGGAGCGCAUCUAGAGUUGGGGACGAAGAUGGGAGCGUGGUUCAUCCCCAUUCAAAAGCUGGGGCGUUGGUUAGGGGAGGAGGCGCGAGAAGUGCCCCGGCGACAACAACACUGGGCUCUGCGGGUGCAGAUGGUGACAAUCCUCAUGACAACCAAGGAGCUGUGGGCAUUGGUGCUACGUAUGCCCUUGGGAAAGGAAGAACGCACUCAGGGGCACUCGAAGCUUUCAGCUUGCUUCGCAUAAUGGGGGAGGGAUUCAGACUACUUUGUAUGUUCAGAUGCCAGGAUGCUGCAGACAUGUUCCUAAAACUACCGACUGCACAGUACGCGACGGGUUGGGUGCUGUGCCAAGUAGGGAGGGCGUACUUGGAAAUGGUUGAGUAUGCGGAAGCAGAGCGCGCAUUUCAGUGGGCCCGUCGUACGGCUCCCCACAGGCUCGAGGGUAUGGACCUCUACUCUACCGUUCUUUACCACAUGAAGAAGGAAGUGGAAUUGGCACAUCUUGCCCAUGAAGCGGUGGCGCUGGAUCGACUGUCUCCACAAUCAUGGUGUAUCAUCGGUAACUGUUUUAGUUUGCAGCGGGAACACGAGACGGCUCUUCGGUUCUUUCAGCGAGCGCUACAACUGCAUCCCAACUUCACGUAUGCGCACACUCUUUGCGGUCACGAGUACGUAGCCAUCGAGGAUUUUGAGGAAGGUUUGCACUGCUAUCGGAAUGCAAUCAGGAUUGACAGCCGGCAUUACAAUGCAUGGUACGGGCUGGGAACGAUUUAUUACCGGCAGGAGAAGUAUGAGCUCGCCGAGUAUCACUUCCGGCGAGCCCUGGCCAUCAACCACAGCUCUUCCGUCUUGUAUUGUUAUCUAGGCAUGGCAUUGCACGCACUCGAGAGGAAUUGCGAGGCGCUUGCUCUGCUGUCAACGGCAAUCGCAAUGGAUAGCAAAAACCCCCUCGCCAAGUUCCAGAAGGCCAAUGUUCUGAUGGCGGAGGAGCGGUACACGGAAGCCUUGGCAGAGCUGGAGAGACUGAAGGAAGUUGCUCCACGGGAGGCGAGCGUGUAUUUCGCGAUGGGCAAGAUCUACAAGAAGCUGGACAAGCCCGAUCUGGCCAUGGUGCAGUUCUGCAUGGCUCUGGACCUCAAGCCAUCCUCGAAUGAGGCGAACCUCAUUAAGCUGGCAAUCGAAAAGCUGAAUGUGCCAGACGACUGUGAAGAUGAGAAUCUUUAGUCUUGAGCUUUGCUGCCGUGCUGUUCCUAGUCGGUGGUAGAGGGAGUCAGCCUCUCGGAUGGCUGGAAGAUUGUGUGCUCUGUUUUCCGAUCAGUUGAACCGACUGCCCUGAUGUUCCUUCCUUUCCCCUCCCUGCCCCUGCCCCACACACCUUCUGCCCUUUCUCCUGUCGAGGUGUUUGCAGCGGGGGAAUCAUGAGGACCAGUAUUCUUUUUUGUUAAUUUUGGAAAAAGGCACCCUUGAAGGGAGACCAAUCCGGUUUUUUAUCCACUGGAAAGUCAUUUUUUAGUAUUUUUAUCAGCACAAUACCUUGUCCAUGGGUGGAAGCUCCAACGAUGCCUCUUGUCACUAUAGCUGGAAGUUUUGUUACCCUUCAAUGAAGAGGCAUUGCCUUU